CUGGUGUCAAACUGACAUUCAAAUUCCGAAAACUCCUAUCGUUUUGCUUUGCUCAAGCGAUUUAGGAUUCUGGAGACUGGGAAAACGUUGAUACUAAUUCACGAAAAAAACAUUAGAUAUGAGACUGUCUCUGUUGCGAACGGCCCGACUGAAUCCUGCGGUCAAGGAGCUGCGCUUGCACCUAUGCCAGACCGGUGAAACAUCCAAGGGAGUCCGCGAGUUCAUUAGUACUCAGUAUGCGGGCUUGAAACGUGAAAAUCCCAAAUUACCGAUCCUGAUUCGCGAAUGCAGUGGUGUUCAACCACGACUGUGGGCCCGUUACGAAAUGGGAAAGGAAAAAUCGGUUUCCUUAACUAAUGCUGCCGCGACGGACGUUGCAAAACACAUUGCAGACCUUGGAAAGUAGAGAAGAUGUAAAUGAUAGAAUUUAUGAAAUAAACCUAAUACGUUGGAGUUAG